AAAAUAAUAAAAGCGAAGAAAAGGAAAGGAAGGAAAAAAAGAGAGGAAGUUCCCCUCCUUUUCUUCUUCUCUUUACUUUGCUUCUCUGCUCACCAUUCUCUCUCUCUCAAUCUCACAAAAGCUCUUCCUCUCUGAGUUGAGAGAGAAUUGGAUACCUCUUUUUUAUUCCUCUUAUUUCCCCCAUCAUCUCUUGCUUUAUUUCUCUCAUCUUCUUCUUAAAAUCCAUACUCCUCCGUUUUUUCACUGGUUUCUUAAUUUGGGUAUCCAAUUUUAUCUACAAUCUAUCCUUCUAAUCUUCUUGCUGAUAUCAAUUUCUUCCCUGUUUUUUUUCUAGGGUUUUCAGCUGUCUCUUUGAAUUUUGAUUUUUUUUUUUAGUUUCUAUAAGUUGUUGUUCUGACUGCUAAUUCAAAGGAAAAAAAAAAACUCAAAAAAGAAGAAAGAAUUUUUUUUUAUCUCUCCAAAAUUCUGGGUUGUGAUCAUGGGUCUUUGUCAUGGAAAACACAUCCAUAAUCCUCAAAAUCUAUCCGAAAACCCUAUAAUUCCUGGAGAUCUUGAAAAACAAGUGAUUCCAGAAGUAGAUAAAUCAACCAAUUAUCCAAGUCCAAGUCCAUUACCAAGUGGAUUCAAGAAUUCACCUGCAAAUUCAAGUGUGAAUUCAACGCCUCUUAGAUUCUUCAAACGACCUUUCCCACCUCCUUCACCAGCUAAACACAUCAAAGCAUUCCUUGCUCGUAGACAUGGCUCUGUAAAGCCAAAUGAAGUUUCAAUUCCUGAAGGAAGUGAAUGUGAAUUGAGUUUGGAUAAGAAUUUUGGAUUCUCAAAACAGUUGGUCUCUAAAUAUGAGCUUGAAGAAGAAUUAGGUCGAGGUCAUUUUGGUUAUACUUGUUCUGCUAAAGUCAAGAAAGGUGACAUGAAAGGUCAGGAAGUUGCAGUCAAGGUUAUUCCAAAAGCAAAGAUGCAAACAGCCAUCGCCAUUGAGGAUGUUCGAAGAGAAGUGAAAAUAUUACGUGCUCUUGCAGGACACAAGAACCUGGUGCAAUUCUAUGAUUCCUAUGAAGAUGAUGAUAACGUUUAUAUAGUGAUGGAGUUAUGCAAAGGAGGAGAACUUCUAGAUAGGAUACUGUCCAGGGGUGGGAAGUAUUCAGAAGAAGAUGCCAAGGCUGUCAUGGUUCAGAUUCUUAAUGUUGUAGCCUUCUGUCAUCUCCAAGGUGUGGUUCAUCGUGACCUCAAACCAGAGAAUUUCCUUUUUAGUACAAAAGAUGACACUUCGCCCUUAAAGGCAAUCGAUUUUGGAUUGUCCGACUAUGUAAAACCAGAUGUAAGGUUGAAUGAUAUUGUUGGAAGUGCAUAUUACGUUGCUCCAGAAGUACUACAUCGGUCAUAUAACACUGAGGCAGAUAUGUGGAGUAUUGGGGUGAUUGCAUAUAUACUUCUUUGUGGGAGCCGCCCCUUCUGGGCUCGGUCGGAAUCAGGCAUUUUUAAAGCUGUUCUGAAGGCAGAACCUAGUUUUGACGAAGCUCCUUGGCCUUCUUUAUCUGCUGAUGCCAGAGACUUUGUAAAGCGGUUGUUGAACAAGGAUUACCGAAAGAGAUUAACUGCAUCCCAGGCCUUAAGUCAUCCUUGGCUGAUGAAUCAUCAAGAUAUCAAGAUUCAACUGGAUAUCUUAGUGUACAAGCUUAUAAAAGCUUAUGUAUGCUCUUCUUCUCUACGAAAAUCAGCCCUGGCGGCUGUUGCAAAGACCUUAUCAGUACCUCAGCUUGCUUAUUUCCGGGAGCAAUUUACAUUGCUGGGGCCAAAUAAAAGUGGCUGUAUCUCUGGACUGAGUCUCAAAACGGCUUUGAUGAAGAAUUCUACUGAUGCUAUGAAAGAUUCACGGGUUCUUGAUUAUGUCAACAUGGUAAAUUCAUUUCAAUAUAGGAAGUUUGAUUUUGAAGAAUUUUGUGCUGCUGCUAUAAGUGUUCAUCAGCUUGAAGGAAUGGAUUGUUGGGAACAACAUGCACGCCGUGCUUAUGAUCUCUUUGAAAAGGCUGGCAACAGGGCAAUCAUGAUCGAGGAACUUGCUUCGGAACUUGGGCUAAGCCCAUCAGUCCCAAUUCAUGUCGUCAUGCAAGACUGGAUCAGACACUCGGAUGGUAAACUUAGUUUCUUGGGAUUUGUCAGGCUCCUACAUGGUGUAUCUUCACGUUCGUUGCAGAAAGCAUGAGAUACUUCCCUAUUAACUUUACGUCCACCAUACUACAUGCAAUGAUUCAUUGUUACAUAGUUUCCGUAGUCAGUAUCCAUCAGGUGAGAAAAUCCAAGCUGAUGUUGCUCAUCCAACCCUACUUUGGUUCGUGGAAAGUUAUAUAUGUAUUCAUCUAGAAUUUAAAUUGGGGUCCAACUCUACUAAGGAUGGCAAACACGAUAAAGAAGCAAGACAAUGUGAAGAGAGCAUAAGCAAAUGUAUAAUCUUCAAACAAGUGAAAUUGUGCAUUUCUUUUUUCUUUUCUUUAUCCUAGGAGAGGUAUCUAAUGUGUAUUUUAGGUGUCAAGAGGAUUGUACAGUUGAGGGUAUAUCAUAUAUGUUUUUUCAGGUCUAAAUAGUAAUAUUUUUCGAGGUUCUUGUGAUUCGUGGGUUCAUCGUCUUGUGUAUCCUCCUAGCUUCUCAGUGAGUUUUUAUUUUCUCUUAAAUAAAUUUCAUUAGUCUCUGAACCAUUUUGUA